UACCUGGUUGGUUUUCUGAUCUAGUAACAAUAACGCUAACUCAUAUUAAACACUUAUAUUUAGUGUUGCAAAACAUCUUUGCUUUCUGCCAAUAUGAAUAUUUCCGAAUCUAUAACUGACAAAGUACUCUCUAUCUCUUUCCUAGUUUUUAAUGACAGCUACCGUUAGCAGUAGAUUUUUUCUUUACAUUUACUGUAUGUAACUUUCUCAACCACGGAGUACUACCUCACAGCAGGCAUCUAUGGACACUGAAAAGUAUCGAAAUUUGGUAAGCAGGAUGGCCCAGUCGUCAGACAAUAAGGCUCUGGUCCUGGGUGUGUUGGCUGGUGCAGCCGGCCUCAGCCUUGGCGCUGUGGUGUUCUACAACCGCCGGAGGGCCGUGCCACACCGGGGGCAAAGUAUGCCCAGUGAGCUGUACCACAGCAGUAAUGACCAGCGAGCGGCUGGAGCCAGUAUUGGGCCUGGGCGAAUGUCUGGUCAGUCUGAGGUUCUAGAUCGUCUCGGAGCCUUGAUCCAGUGUGUGUCAGAACUCAAAGAUGAGGUACGGGCUCUAAAGAGCGCCAUCCCAAAACUACAUGACCAUGUAAGGGACGAGCUGAGGGGACGCGGCAGCGUGGCUGAGGGGAAGGUGGCUCGCAUCAGGGCAGGCCCACCAAGCCGGGCGGUACCUACACGCAAGAGGAGAGCAGCGGGAGGGGGAUCCAGAGCUGGACGCCAAAGCUCAGAGGAGGGGGCUGAGAGUGAAGGAGGGUACAUAACUGCAUUUACAGACACUGAGGAUGAAGAGCAGAGUGAAGACGAGGACAUUGAGGAGGAAGUGACGGUGGUUGAACCUCUGGAUGAGUUAUCCACCCUCCUGGAGAGGGUGGAUGCUCUACACAGUGGCACCGAUGGAGAUAAGAGGGAGUGCCUCCGCAUCCUGCUGGAUAAGAGACAGGAGUUUGGACAGAACACAGCUUUCUUAUGGCGACUUGUUCGGGCCUACGUGGAUGUUCACGAUAUCACUACCAACCUAGAGCAGAAGAAAAGUCAUGCAGAGACUGGGAAGAAAGUUGGAGAGGAAGCAGUAACCCUGGACCCAAUGUGUGCUGAUAGUCAUCAGUGGUUUGCCAUAAUAUGUGGGAUCAUGACGGAGUACGAGACUGUGCAAAACAGGAUUAAAAAUGGCUACAUCUUCAAAGAUCAUCUGGACAAGGCCAUCGAGCUGAAACCACAGGAUCCUCUGUCGUACUACCUGCUGGGCCGCUGGUGCUAUGCUGUGGCUCAGUUGUCAUGGAUUGAGAGGAAAAUCGCUGCAACAUUGUUUGGAGAGCCUCCAAGUGCCACAAUCCAAGAUGCUCUGAAGAACUUCCUCAAGGUGGAGGAGAUCCGCCCCAAGUACUCAAAAUUAAAUUAUGUAUUUUUAGCUAAGUGCUACAGAGACUUGGGACAGAAAGGUCAGGCCAGGAAGAUGUGUGACGCUGCUUCUUCCAUGGAAACUGUUUCCAAAGAAGAUGAGGAGGCCCAGAAUGAGCUGGACUCCCUUGUCCCCACACUAAGUGUUUAUUGAGGACAUUGUGGAAUGGAAGCCAAUCCAUGUCUUUCUUCAUUACUGUUGGGACUGUACCUUCAAUGGAAACACUGACAGUCUGAAAUACCUGAUCCACAUAGGUACUUACUGAAAUUGGAGAUGAAUGAAUUGGCUGUGCCUUCUAGGCAAGAGUUUUCUUGAGAACAGCGUUUUCACAUAUCAUAAUGUCUUAUGAUAACAGAUAUCUUGGUGUUUUGACAUCUGUUUACAAGGAGGCACAAAUUGUAUUCUUCAUUUCUUAUGUUUGAUGUAAGUCAAUCAGUGGUCUUGGUCCCGAUGGGAUAUAUCUUUUUCACCACCUCACAUUGACACAGUUUUUGGGGACCUAUAAAAUAAAUUGUGUAAAUAUUUUAAUAAUUGUACUAACCAUGAUGUCCUUUCCAAAAAUUAGAAUGAUCUCCUGUAUCAACCCAUACUAUAUCAAUGAUUAAUCUUGGUUAAUUCCUUACCCCCUGGUGUAGUUUAGCUAGCCUAAAAGCUGCACCAGUGAAACUUUGUCAUAAGAAACUUUUUAGUUUCCCAGCUUAUAAAUACCUGAAGGUGUUUUAUGAAGGUGUUCCAUAGGUGAGAUUCUUCCCUUCUACCAUUCAUGUCCUCUUUUUGUUUUGUCUGGCUCAGUGCAUUCAGGUGAAAAUAACAACCACUUCAAACAUGAGAGCAACCCAAAUACAACUAUCUCUUGUACUGUGA